AUGGCUAAUCGAAAUGCGUCCUAUGUAUUUGGACAGGAUUCCAUCUUUGAUGUUCAAGACGAUUCCAAUGCAAAUGAUGGGAUCGAUUCCAUGCUUUCCAGAGAUCAGCGACGAUCCACCAAUCACUAUUAUGGCCAACCACCAAGGAGCAAAGCUGCUCCUGGCAAAUACCACGACAAUAAUUUCUACAAUCCAAACAAGUAUCCCAUUCUAGAGCAAAGCAAUUUUCAUAACCAUCAAAUCUCAGAAGCCGACUAUUUGGAUCAAAUGGUGCAUUCGGUGGAACGCAGAGGCAGAUACUCAACUCAGGAUUAUGAUGAGGAAAAGCAACACUCUCAAUUGAAUUCAUCCUACGAAAAUGAAGAUGACGAGGAUGAUGAUGACGAGGAGGAAACGCAAGAUGAUGGCGAGUUUUACUUGGCCACUGCUAAGGCUACUCGCAUGAUAGCAGUUUAUGGACAAAACAAAUUGGCUACCAAUAAUGGACCGAACGAUGUAAUGGCAUACAUUCUGGGUGGUUUUGGAUUGUGUCCACCGGAUGAGCACGGCAUGAAGGCGGAUGCUCAAGUCUCACAUUUUGAAACCAAUGUUGGCAAUGGAGGUAAAGUCCUUGGAACCACCAACCACGCUACCAGCGGUGGUGGUGGUGGUCUUUUCAACAUAUGUGCACCCGAUCGACAGGGAUUGGCAACGGACGUCCAGGUGGAAAGAUUUACUGCUACCACUGGACCGGAAGAACCAGCAUCCGUUCCCGGAGGAGUCGAAGUUAAACGGCCGCUUCCAAAGCCGCAAGCAAAAAAGACGCCCUUGCAACAAUUUCGAGAACGUAAAUUCAAACUACGGCAAAAGCAUUCUUUGCAAGAAGAGAAAUUGGAAUCAUCAGAUUUGCAAGACACAGCCGCCUUUCCAUUCAAUACAAGGCAGUUCUCGGAUGCCAAGAAACAAGAACAGCAACAACAAUCGUUUAUGGAACCAGCUGAUUUGGAUCUAGAAGAACAGUUACAUCAUCAACUCCAAUUGCAAGAAGAAGAGGAAGAACUGCUCCAACAAUUGGAGGAAGAACAGCGUAAGGAACAGCUAGAAGAGGACAAGAAAAUGGAUGCAGUAGUGGAUUCGGGUAUGGAUUUGUGUGCCAUCCCAGGCUGCCCAACGUCAUCGCCGAAGAGGCUUCCCGGUAAUCUUGCUCUUCCACCCAAUGCGUCAGACUUUCCAGAGGAUCCAUUUGAAGACAAGGUGUUUGACGAUGGAGAAGAACAAUCCAGACUGGACCAAAUGCGACAAAAGAAACGAAUCAUCGAACACCAAGUGGAAACUGAGUAUUCGUCACAAAAUAGAGUACAAGUGGAUACCAAAUAUGCCACUUCUUCUGGUGUCUUGCAAACUGCACCAAUGAGUCUGCAAAAUAAGGCGAUUGUUUUGUUUUUGGUGUUUUUGUUUGGUGCUGCCGCUGUUUUGGUGGCGGUGUCGUUCUUUUGGCCGGUUCUUAUGCCCAAACGAGGAGGGGGGACAUGA